UGUUACAUUUAGUUAUCAUCGUCUCUGCUGCGUGAAUUUUACGAUUUUUUUCUAAAAAUUAAAAAACCCAGUGUUGUGCCCUUUUAUUUUAAUAUUUUAUCGCUUAAUUAAUUAAUUUGUUUAAUUGUGAAAUACUAUCUUUCUUUCCGUUUGUUUUGCGUGGUGUUCGAAUUUGAAUUCAGUUUACCAAACACAAAUGAUAAUUGUGAAUAUGGAUAGCGUUUAAAUGUAUUUUGCGAACGAGCUGUGCCAAUUUGCAUAAUAUCGCCAAUUGCGUAUCAAUUUUGAGGUCAUUUUGGACCAGACGCCGUCGCGCAAUCCAUAUAUCCUAAUGAAGGGGCGAUUCGUCGUCCUUUUCACAUCAUUCAGCAGCGAUGAGCAGCUUGGUUAGCCUUCACUUGGAUAACGUGGAAUAUAACGCGGAUCGGAUCGCGCGACUUUUCCCAAAGUGUAAGCCGAAGAACAACGCUAAUUUGUCGAAUAAUACGACGCUGAACGGCGAUACCGAAUCUUCGAACGCUAAUCAGAUUACAUCGAUCGAUAUCAAUCGUAAUCCGGUGCCUGUCGGUGACAAGCUUGAUGAUGACUGUACACAACUGAUGGACAACGCUGGUAACGCCAUAACGCACGAUAGACGCUCCAUUACCGAUAAUUGUGAUAAACAAAACGAACAAAACAAUGUUGGUUGUAAUGGCACCUCGAACAGCGUUCUUCCUGCGGACAACGACGAUAGCGGCUGCAGCCGAGCAUCGUCGCCGUUCGACAUGAGCGAUGACGAUGACGACAGCGAAGAAACCUCAUCGCCUCCGCAUCCUGUUAUAGUACCUUCGACAUCAUCCGAUGUAACCUCAUCGCAUCAUAGUCAUCAUCAUCAUUACCACCACCAACAGCAACAGCAACAGCAGCAGCACCAUAACCAUCAUCAUGGCCACAAUCACCACCAUCAUCACCAUCAGCAACAGCAACAGCAACAACCGCAACAGCAGCAAGUUCGACGAAAAGUGCAUAAAAUACCUCCGGCAGCUCAUCAAUAUAAAUUACGUGACUCCAGGAUAAUUGAAAUAGCUGGUGGAAGAGAAGUAUUCAGUCAGAGUAGAAGUAAAGCGUGUCGAAAAUCAAGAUCGUCUUUCGAUUCGGAAAAAAUUAAAUCUCCCGGUCGCGUUUGGGAAUUAAGAGCAAGAAUGAGCGAAGAUAAAAAACACGAAAAUACUCGAGAAAUAACAGAAACCGUGUUCUCAUCGGAAAUAAAAUCGGUGAAGCAUCCGCAAACGAUUUCUUUAGGUAUUAACGGAUCGGUGAUAUUUGACGAUAUCGACGAGAAUUGGAAAAGUGAUAAUUCAACUCAUAUCCCUCAACGCACAUAUCAUUAUAAUAAUUUAUCGCACAAUUCCAAUAAAGAAAGCAAAUUAGCGAGUAAAGUAGAUUCGGGCGAAGGUGCUGAGAAAAAUACCGAACUGAAUAAGAUUUCUGCGCCUCAUGUCAUUGGUAGUUUGCCAAUAGCCGAAUACGAAGGGUCUCCGAGAAGGUACGGACUUCGAACGACUGAAAAUAUUAUGCCAACUUUGUUAUCAUCGCCUACUGUAACGUUUCCAAGACCUGGCUUUCCACAGAGAAUCUUAGACGAAAGUCCAAUCGCUAGUGUUUCGAGUGUAACCACAUCUUUACCUUCGACUACAACGAGUUCGUCGUUUAAUUACCUUUACGAGUAUUCGGAGACUAGAAAAGUUUUAGAAGAAUUUUUCAAACCAGAUGAUACUCAAGAUAAAGCUCAACAAUUUCGAGAAUUAGAAUACGAAUUAAAAAGAAGAAGAAGGACGAGCUUUGAUCAAGGAAAGAGCUAUGAUCAAGGAAAAGGCUAUGAUCAAGGCAGCUCGUACGUUGGCUUACGAUUGGCCGAAGCUAGAGAUGGUAAUUUACAAUCAUCGCCUAGAAAACAUAGUCAAGACUCUUCGGAGUACUCUAAUAAUCAGGAUCAAGGAUUUCUAUCGAAUUAUACGGUUUCAACAGAAAAUCUAGGUCUACCAUUGGAAUUUCAAAUGUCCAGCAAUAGUAAGAAUUUAGUUCACCAUAAUCGAUAUUCAAUUUCGCCCGAUUUAGAAAAACGAUUCGGCCAAAGUCGUAAUUUUACGUUAUCACCGGAAACCACAGACUGCGAAUCGAAUUUCGGUGAAGGUGAUAGCGAUGUGUCUUCGUUGAUGUUGAUUAUGGAUCCGGAUAUCGGUAACUCGGGCCAGGGUCCGAUGGAUAGGUUGUACCCGAGUAUGCCAGUUUUAGAAGAUGGUCUUUCCAGUGGCCAUACCAGCGAUAAUGAAAAUAAUAAUGCUACGGUGUUAUUAAUGAAGAAACAAAUAACCGAAAUAGAAAGAGAAAUCAUAGAAAAAAGUAACAGAUCGACGGCGUGCUCAGUCUCAAGCACAACGACAGCUCCGAUAACCGUAUCGUCGAUAUCUCAAUCGAAUUUCACUCCUCAAAGUGCCAAUGUUCCUUCGACUAGUUUAUCAGUACAUAGCGCCGGUAUAGAUAAGAUAUCAGAAUCUCGCAAUAACGCAGAUAUCGAUUUAGAUUCCUUAGAUCCAUUGAGUGGUUCGAUAGAUCGACGUAAUCCAUCGCCUCCUCCUCCGGCUCCGGCACCGCACAGAGAGAGUCGUAAUUUUCAUCAAUCUUCCAGUAAUCAGACUCCUGGCGGAGUCGAAGCUACCAUUAAAGAUAUACGUAUGACACUACAGCGUACUAAAACGUUACCAUUACGACCUUCUUGCGUAAUCAAUGGUGAUAACGAUGAUCGCGAGUCGUGUAAUUCGAAUAAAUCCGAGACUCCUAUUUGGGUACCGAGGAAAGGCGUCGGUUCGGGUCCUAGCGCUGACGAAGACGAACCUGACACAGACCUCGAAACAGAUAGACUUUUAGGGGAGCAGCGUACCGACGAUCAAGGAUUUUUCGACGAAAAAAAUGGCGGAUGGAGGAAAAAAUCCAGAUCUUUGUUACCAUUCGGUUUAGGCGGACAAAUAUCUACGUUAGGUACUAAUACGACGACCACAGUUACUUCGCAAUCAUUAUCGGUUAAAAAAUCGCCAGGAGACGCCGUCAGUACAAACGGCGGUCUUUCUUUGAGCCCUGUGCAAAACACAUCGCCUCCGUCGUCGCCCAGUAUUAGCGAUUUAAUCGAUAACGGAUCGACGAAAAAGGAUAAAGAAAAUGGUAAGAAGAAAAAUCGUAAUAAAGAAGGUUUACACGACCCAUCAGUGUUAAUAGAAGGAGUCCUAUUCCGAGCCCGAUAUCUAGGAUCGACGCAGCUCGUAUGCGAAGGUCAACCUACCAAAGCUACCAGAAUGAUGCAAGCCGAAGAAGCGGUCUCUAGAAUAAAGGUGGAAAACCAUCACGCCGGUUGCAAAAAAGCGGGUACUUUUGGAAGCGAUACGGACGACUCGGAAGAUAUUUUGGGCACCAACCUCGGACCCGGCUCUGUGUUCCGGUUGAGAUUUUUGGGCUCUGUGGAGGUAGACGAAGAAGAGCCAAUCAAAAAAAAACCGACCAUGAUGAAGAAACGUUUAAAAAAGAAUAUGGUCGAAGAGGCUGUGAUUAAAAUUAAGGCUCCUGAUGGUGAAUCUCAACCUAGUACUGAAGUAGAUUUGUUUAUUUCGACGGAAAAAAUUAUGGUAUUGAAUACGGAUUUAAAAGAGAUAAUGAUGGAUCAUGCUUUAAGAACGAUAUCGUAUAUUGCUGAUAUUGGAGAUCUUGUCGUAUUAAUGGCUCGUAGAAGAUUUGUUCCUCACGAUGUUGAAGAUCCUCCUAAGAUAAAUAGAACUCCUAAAAUGAUCUGUCAUGUUUUUGAAAGCGAAGAGGCACAAUUUAUCGCUCAAUCAAUAGGCCAAGCAUUCCAAGUCGCUUAUAUGGAAUUCCUGAAGGCGAAUGGUAUCGAAGACCAUAGCUUCGUCAAAGAAAUGGAUUACCAAGAAGUUCUCAACUCGCAAGAAAUCUUUGGCGACGAGUUACAGAUGUUUGCGAAAAAAGAACUUCAAAAAGAGGUUGUAGUGCCAAAAAUGAAAGGAGAAAUUUUAGGCGUUGUAAUAGUAGAAUCAGGCUGGGGUUCUAUGUUGCCAACUGUUGUGAUAGCUAACCUAGCUCCAUCCGGAGCAGCGGCCCGGUGCGGUCAGUUGAACAUAGGCGAUCAGAUUAUUGCUGUGAAUGGCGUUUCAUUAGUCGGUUUACCAUUAUCAACUUGUCAAAAUUAUAUUAAGAAUUCUAAACCUCAUACCGUUGUCAAAUUAACCGUAGUUCCUUGCGCUCCUGUAGUCGAAGUUAAAAUUAAACGACCUGAUACCAAGUAUCAGCUUGGAUUUAGUGUACAAAAUGGCGUGAUAUGUAGCUUAUUAAGAGGCGGUAUAGCUGAACGAGGAGGUGUUCGAGUUGGCCAUAGGAUAAUCGAAAUAAAUAAUCAAAGCGUCGUUGCCGUCCCACAUGAAAAAAUAGUCACUUUAUUAGCUACCUCCGUUGGCGAAAUACUCAUGAAAACCAUGCCUACGUCCAUGUUUAGAUUAUUAACCGGUCAAGAAACGCCGGUUUUCAUUUAGACGAUAUCUCGUUAUACGAAUAAUGUUCUUUUCCUAGCUUUUUUAAAACGUAAUAUCAUUCGAUUAAUGCCAUAUUGUUAUCGUUACCAUGGUAAGAUAUACUGAAAAUUGUUGAAUUAUGUAAAGCCUAAGCUAAUACGUAAUUGUAUAAUCGAUUCUGAAACCAUCAUGUUUCAUUCUGUUGUAAAAUUGUACCGUACCCAAUUUUCGACAGAGUCUGUGAAAUACCUAAUUCGUGCGAUCGAUAUUUCAAAUUUGAAUUUGAAUUUAAAUCAGUCGCCUGAUGAGUUUUAUUUUUUAAAUUAUUAGUCUAUCGAUGUUACCUAUCUAUGUCCUGUUUGCUUGAUUGUUUGAAAAUGUUGAGUAAGCAGUUUUUCAUGUUCGUAGGUUAAGAAGGUUUCAGAAUUGAUUGGGUAUUUUGCUCAAAAGACCAAGUUGAUUUGAGAAAAAUAGCUAAAGCUAUUAAUUAGGUAUUAUUUAAUUAAUUUCUUUUCAACUUCAUCGAUUACUGAUAAGAAAUUGGCUAAUCAGAAAUCAGAAUUAAGGAAUAGGAUUAUAAGUGAACAAUAGAUAUUGGUUGAUGGCUUAUCACAUCGAUUUACUGAUAAGAAAUCAAUCAAUCAGAAUUGAGAUAGACAGCAUUAUUCCUGUAUAAUCAGAUUGAUCAAUAUCUUAUCACUAACCAAUGAGGUUGGAUUUAUAAAGACGUUAUCAGUAAAAUGCAAACUGAUCCAAUAUUAUUGAAAUUUUUCUAUUUCAGCUUCAACUUAAAAUUACUUCAAUCAUUUUUCUUAUACCUGCGUGCGCGAUUAUAUUAUUAUAAGGAAUACCUACGUACGUACGGAAGAAUAAUCAAACGAACGCGAAUAUUCCUUCUAUGUACCUACUGUUGUUUUUCUAUUUGGAAACAUUACCUACCUAUUCGUGGUUUCUUUUUCUCUUUUGGUCGACGUGAAUUAUACAAUUUAUUGUAAGGCCAUACGUGUAUUUUAUAAUAGCAUUUAUAUACGUUUAGUAUAAUAUCUAUAAUCUAGUCACAAACGGUUUUUUUUUAUUAUUAUUAUUUUUAUCUAUGUUUUAGUUUAUUAUGUAUACUUUUUUUUUCUACUAAAAAAAGGAUACGUUUGAGUGAGGUAUUUUUGCUAUAAAAGGUAUACAGUGUGUUAUAUGCCUCGGAAUACUGUAAAUAUUGAAUUUCAAUUUCUACAUCUGUUACGAGUGUGUCUUGAUUGAGAAAAAUUGUUACAGAAUCCUAGCGUACUGUACUAUUAUGGUUUAGCUUUUCUGUACGAUUUUCUUUUCAAAAUCCUCUCCCCUCCCAUUUUAAAUCCAAUAUCUCUCUAACGAUGUAGUAAAGUAUAAAGGUUGUUAGUCAUUUUUCUCUGUAUAUUGUGUGCUUGAAUUUAUAUACUGCACAAAAAAAUUAUUUAAACUUGAAUUUUUUUUAUACGUUAUUUUUUAGUUUUUGAAAAGAGGUUCCUAAAUUGUAUGAAAUGUCGAAUACACGUAUAAUAUGUAUUACAUAAUAUAAGCGAACGUUGUUCGAUGUUUUGUAUUAUAUUUUUUAAGGCAGGAAGCGAAAUAACGCUAUUUUACCAUUCGUUUAGCAAUAAUCGCGUUUAUGGGGUUCUGCGAGCUGAAUAACAAAGCAAAAAGAUGGUAUAAUUUUGGGAACCCUCGAUCGAUUCGAAAUGACGCUUUUGUAAGGAAUAUUAUAUUUUCUCCAGUAUUACCAAUUUCGUAAUGUUUUUCAGGAGUGAAAUGAACUGCAGCGGUUUUUAAAAUGCGUGUAAAUUACUCAUUUUUUCGGCUUGGUUGUUAAAGCGUCAUUUUUGAAUGUUUCCCUCCUUUUUUCCGUUCUUAAUUUUUUUGUUUUUCUGUUCAAUUUUUUUUUUUUUUUUUUUUUUUUUUGUAAUGUAACUACGUUUUAAUUUUAUACUUAAUGUCGAAACAUUCUUCGCUUCUCGUUUCUUCACUUAUUAUGAAUUUCUCUGUUAAUUCUGAAUUUUUGUUAAAAUUUAAUGAAAAAAGAAACAAAAAAACGUAGUCAUAUAAAGAACGCAAUACUUUCUUAUUUGCAUACGUGUAUUACGGUUGAUAAUAACAAAUAAAUCAAUUUUGCAAACUGUCUUA